AUGUACAGGCUGGCCUCCUGCUGCCUGCUCCUCAUGGGGUGCCUGCGCUCCCUCUCCUCCCUCCCGGUUCCUGACUCCAGGGACGAGCCCCUGCCGUUCCCAGCACCUGAUGGAGGCGUGAGACCAGCCCUGGACAAGGCGGACGGAGCGUCCCUUCUGCGGGGGCUGCUGGAGGCGUUAGGGGCAGAGACAGGGGACGGCCUCGGGAAAGCAGAUCCCGGCACCGACGUCUCUAACCCGAGAGGGACGACGAGCAAGGCGUUCUCCGGACAGGGGCCCAACGUGCUCCUGAACCACCUUCCGGCCAGAAGCAGGAAGCACAGCCAGCGCGGGCCCCCCUCUGAAUGCUUCUGGAAAUACUGCGUCUGA